ACACACACACACACACACACACACACACACACACCUACACACACACACACAAACCCUGUUAAUGAGGUGUGUGAGGUCUCCAUGGCUCUGCAGGGUCACUCCCACGAGGCGGUGCGUUACUAACAGCAGUAACACACGUUCAGCUGAGCUCAGAUGCUGCUGAAAACUCAACUCCACUGGAGAGUCUGUUACUGGAGGGAAACUCAGUCACAUCCCAUCAAUGGUUGUCCUGAGGAUUAGAAAUGUGCACAAAAGGAAAUAUGCACUUUUCAGCCUGUGCAUUGUUGGCCUCAUUAUGUACAAAUAUCUUGGCAUGCCAGCAGGGGGACGCAGACUGAGCAGGAAAUUUGGCCUGAGUGCCAACUCGUCUCAGUUCAUCUUGGAGGGAGAACCUUUCCGAAUCUUGGGGGGAUCUGUCCACUAUUUCCGCAUGCCGAGGGCCUACUGGAGGGACCGGCUGAUGAAGAUGAAGGCAUGCGGGCUCAACACUCUCACUACGUUUGUGCCAUGGAGCCUUCACCAGCCGGAGAGAGGAGUCUUCAACUUCCACACACAGCUGGAUUUAGAAGCCUUCAUAAAUCUUGCUGCCGAAUUGGGUCUUUGGGUGAUUUUACGUCCAGGACCCUACAUUUCAUCUGAGCUGGACCUCGGAGGACUUCCAAGCUGGCUCCUCAGAGACAGCAGCAUGAGACUGAGGACGACUCAUCCAGGCUUCACUGAGGCUGUCAAUACUUUCUUUGACAAACUUAUUCCAAAAGUGGUUCCACUACAGUUUAAGAAAGGAGGUCCCAUCAUCGCAGUGCAGGUGGAAAACGAGUACGGAACUUAUGCAAAAGAUGAGGGUUACAUGCUUUUCAUUAAAGAGGCUUUACAGUCCAGGGGGAUCAGUGAGCUCCUGUUCACAUCAGACAACCACAACACAUUAAAGUCAGGGGGUGUGGAUGGAGCGAUCAGAUCAGUGAAGCUGCAGAAGCUGAAUCAGAGAGAUAUCCAAGAUUUGACUGCUCUCCAGCCCAACAACCCCACCAUGGUGAUGGACUACUGGACCGGCUGGUAUGACGUGUGGGGUGAGCUGCACCAUGUGCUCCCUCCAGAAGAUAUGGUGUCCACAGUGAGAGAAAUUCUGAGGAGAGGCAUGUCUGUGAACCUUUACAUGUUCCACGGAGGCUCCAGUUUUGGCUUCAUGAGUGGAGCGCUGGCUGAUCCUUCGUACAGAGCUUUGGUCUCCAGCUAUGAUUAUGAUGCUCCUUUGUCUGAGGCUGGAGAGUAUACACCAAAGUAUCAUCUCCUGAGGGAUUUGCUUUCUCGAUAUAACAGAGGAGAGAGUUUCCCUGACAUGCCGGCUCUACAUUACAGGGAGAGUUAUGAACCAGCCAUCAUGUACCAGCACUUGUCCUUAUGGGACGCUCUGAGCUUCACUGAGGGACCAUUCAAGUCGUCAAAGCCUGUGAGCAUGGAGAAUCUACCCGUGAACAACAGAAACGGGCAGACCUAUGGGUACACUCUGUAUGAGACCACCAUCAACAGCGGAGGACUGCUGAAGUCUGGAGACAACGUCAGAGACCGAGCAAUGGUGUUUGUGGACAGAAACUACAUUGGCCUAUUCAAGCGGAAACAUCUCGAGCUGGCGGUUCCUGAUGGUAAGGAAAGACGAACCUUGAGUUUAUUAGUGGAAAACUGUGGACGAGUUCAUCAGGGGAGAGACCUUGACAAACAACAUAAAGGCCUUGUGGGAGACAUUUUAUUAAACAAUAUCCCCUUGCAGGAUUUUACAAUAUACAGCCUGGAUAUGAAACCCAGCUUUAUUGAUAGUCUCUAUCAGGCACCUUGGAAAACUCUCCCUGAAAAUCCCACUUUCCCUGGAUUUUUGAUGGGGAGGCUUUUUGCAUACGGCUAUCCAAGUGACACGUUUAUUAAGCUACCAGGCUGGGAGAAAGGUGUUGUGUUUAUCAACGGUCUGAAUAUUGGUCGCUACUGGUCCAUUGGCCCUCAGCAGGCCCUCUACCUCCCUGGCCCCUUCCUCAACAGUGGAAUAAAUCAGGUGAUUGUGUUUGAGGAGCAGGAGGGCGACUACAAGGUCCACUUCGAGGACACACCUGACCUCGGCAUGGCAGCUGACAUCCAGUGAAUGGCAUCAACAUAGUUAUAGACAGACUGAGUGCUUCUUACAUCAGGUUAAACCUCCAGGGGUAUCAAUGUUGUAAAUAUCUUUGUCAUGCAAAUAAAUUAAUAUAUACACUUUA